UACAUGACCAACAUCCAGUGGGCCGGGAGAUGUCGACGACCACAUCGCUGUUUUGUGCCACACAGUCGCCCGUAAAGUAAAAAAAAAAAAAGUAAAGACAGGCAGGCACGGAGAUUUCGCUUCGGCCGAUUGUGCGACUGCGGCGCACCAUGAGAGCGCCUCGCCGCUGUUAACGGCUGUUUUCUGCCUCAAAACGAGCUGCACUGUUGACCAGGGGAGAGAUAAGCAGCCAGAGAACAACAACUAAUCCCCGGGACGGUCACAUUCACGGCGGGGCUUGGACCCAACAGAAAUGGACAGGGCAGCACGAACUGGAUUAAAUGAUAGGGAAUAAAGAGACGCCGCGAACAAAGCGAGCCUGAAGUGUUAUGCCCGUUAACCCGUGUGGUCUUCAUUUGACUGGAAAUGGGAGCUUUAACAAGCAGACAAAACAUAGGCGUGGAAGAAGUGGACAUUCCGUCCAAUUCGGUGUACCGCUAUCCACCGAAAUCUGGGAGUUACUUCGCCAGCCAUUUCAUCAUGGGAGGAGAGAAGUUUGACUCCACCCAUCCGGAGGGUUACCUGUUCGGGGAGAACACAGACCUUAACUUCCUGGGGACCAGACCUGUAGCGUUCCCGUACGCAGCCCCUCCACCUCAGGAACCAGUAAAGACGUUACGAAGCCUUAUAAACAUUCGUAAGGACACACUGCGACUCGUACGGUGCAGUGAGGACCUGAAGCUGCCGGGUGAUGAGGCGGCGGGAAAGAACAGAGCCUGCUACAACGUAGAGUUCACUUUCGACGCUGACACACAGGUGGCCAUCACCAUCUACUACCAGGCCAUAGAGGAGUUUCACAAUGGAGUGCCGGUUUACCUUCCCCAGGACAGCUCUCUGCAGUCUGAGACGGUGCACUUCAAGAGGGGAGUUUGCCAGCAGUUCUGUCUGCCCUCACACACCGUCAACCUCAGCGAAUGGGCCGACGAGGAGCUGCUGUUUGAUAUGGACAAGGAGAUUUUCCCCAUGGUGGUGCAGGCGGUUGUAGACGAGGGAGAAGAACAUUUGGGACACUCUCACAUACUGCUGGCUACAUUUGAAAAGCACAUGGACGGGAGCUACUGUGUGAAGCCUCUGAAGCAGAAACAAGUGGUGGAUGGAGUGAGUUAUCUGCUGCAGGAGAUCUAUGGGAUAGAGAACAAAUACAACAGCCAAGAAUCAAAGGUUGCUGACGAUGAGAUCAGUGACAACAGCGCCGAGUGUGUGGUGUGUUUGUCGGAUGUGCGAGACACACUCAUCCUGCCGUGCAGACACCUGUGUCUCUGUAACGCCUGUGCAGACACGCUGCGCUACCAGGCCAACUGCUGCCCCAUCUGCAGACUGCCGUUCAGAGCUCUGCUGCAGAUCCGAGCCAUGAGGAAGAAACUCAGUCCUCUGUCACCGACCAGCUUUAACCCCGUCAUCACUUCACAGACCUCAGACUCAGAGGAACACUCGGCGUCGGAGCACAUCCCCCCAGGCUACGAAGUGGUGUCUCUCUUGGAGGCGUUGAACGGACCCCUCAACACCUCCUCGGUGGCCCCCGCUCCUCUCCACUCCGGUCCCAGCCACGUCUCCGGAGCGCUUCCUCCAUACAGCAGCGAGCCCCACCCGGCACCGGCGCGCUCCCUCUCCCCUCUAGACCACUCCAACUCCAGUCAGGGACUCAAACUCAAGAAGAGUGGUUCAAAGUCACUUUCCCAGAAUUCGUCUGUGCUUCCCGAGGAGGAGGAUGAGAAGUCUUGCAGUGAAUCGGAGGCCUGUCGCCACAAACUUGUAGUGGACCAACAGGAGUGUGGAGUGACUCCAGACAGUGAGAACCUGACUCUCUCUUCGUCUGGAGCCAUCGACCAGUCAUCCUGCACAGGAACCCCACUCUCCUCCACCAUCACCUCCCCUGAAGACCCAGUGAGCAGCAGCCUGGCCCAGUCAGUGAUGUCCAUGGCCUCGUCCCACUCGCAGCACUCCCACAUCAGCACUGACACCAUGUCCUCCAUGUCAGGGUCCUACCUGGCCGGGGCCGAAGGCGAGCCCGGGGGGGAGGAAGGGGGAGACGACGUGGAGGGCGAGGAGAACCAGGACGCCCCCAUGGAGAGCCGAGGACCGUCGCAGCAGGACGGGGAAUUUUCCAGGGAGCCAAAGGAACAAAACUACUCAGUGGCUGUAGAGGAGCAGGACUCGGAGGGAAAUGAUGUGACAGAAGAGGACUGCUCCUCCCCGUCUAAUGGGAAAGGUGGGCGGAGCAGGUGUCCAGAGUUGGCCAAUAACAAUCAGGGCGUCGCCCUCUGUGACACGCCCUCUUUGGGGUUGGAUAAUGAGCAGGCUCCCGACAGCCGAUUCGCCGGUCUGAUGUACCUCGGGGGCUACAGGCCUGUUUUGGAGCCCCUCCCCCACCACACCUCCACCAGCAAUAUCAACCUGGAGGAGCUGGGGGCAGACAACAGGGACAGCCAGAGUCCCAAACAUCCCCGCUGCGGACCACUCAUUGUGUAACACGCUCACACAAACACAUACACACAGACUUAACCUUACCCGUCCAGAGUCAGCUCUUCUUACCCUGCCAUAGUGCUGCAUCACUGGAUACUGUCCUCGCUGAACAGGGAAAACCCAUCCACACCUUUCUGAACGUCUCCUGGAUCGAUUGUUCUCGCUGGCGCUGAAACCCUUCUUGAGUGGAAAGAGGAGGGAAGAGGAACAAUCACCUCUCCGUCGCCUGUAUACUUUUAUCUCACAGAAGUUUCCAUAAUUUUUUUUUUUUUUUUGUCUGUGACCUAACGUGUUGUGGGAGUGAUUAGCCUACUGCUACAUUAUUAUUUAUUACCUGUAGGUCUAACCAAUGAGAGCUGUGUAUUGUGACACUAUCUUUAGAAAUAUACAUGCUGCUCCCUUCCUUUCCUAUCCUCUCUUUUCCUUUCCUUCCCCCUCCUCUCCUGCCCUCUCCUCUAUUACCAGCCAAACAGUCAGGGGUUACUGUGAUCGGCAAUCGGAUUUAUUACUAAUGUACUUCUUCUUCUCUGUUAUAAACUGUACGUAGAAUGAGUGGUCGGACACUAUAAGAGUCAGCUCACACCGGACUACCUUACCUUACCUUAGCGAACUAAGUUGUGCUGACUCCUCUCCUCGGAUCAGGGAGCUCCCGUCUCGACUUCGCAUGCAGCUUUCAAACUCCUGCUGAUUUUUUUCUUCUCAUUCCCGCCAUGAUUUUCAAACGCGGCAACCUCUGCUGAAUGUGAAUCUAGAAACGCUCGGACUUGUGAGGUGGCGUAUGAGCCAAGAAAUGUCAGCCUAAAUGAACAGAAAUGGAAAAAAGAAAAAAAAAAAAAAUACAUGUCACACAGAAUGUAAGA